AUGCUAGAAGAAACAGAAGAAUACCAAAAAUCGAAUAGGUCACGUCAACUAUUCCAAAAUAUCAAUGCCCUUAAAACAGGAUUCAAGAAACAAGAAAAGUUCUUAAAAAAUAGCGGUGGUACAUUGAUUACAGACCCAAAUAAUAUUUUGGAUAAAUGGAAAGAUUACUUCGAGAACCUCCUUAAUUGUCACGAGCCUAUAAACUCAUUCACUUGGACUGAAGUAGAACCAAACGAAAUCGAAUACCUCCCACCAGACAGAAUUGAGAUAGCAGAACAAAUUAAGAGGCUAAAAAAUCAUAAUACUCCGGGUGAAGAUGGAAUCCAGGCUGAGAUUCUAAAGAGUUUAGAUGAAGAAACCAUAUCCAAUAUACAUAACCUUGUANCUCGAGUGCAAUAAUUAUAGGGGCAUUGCUCUACUCAACACAACAUACAAAGUAUUAUCGUACUGCAUCCUAGAUAGAAUUAAACCAAUCUCCGAAGGAUUACUGGGAGACUACCAAGGGGGUUUUAGACCAAAUAGAUCUACUACAGAUCAAAUAUUUAUUAUAAGGCAGAUAUUACAAAAAAUGUGGGAGUUUGAUAAGGAGGUCUAUACCUUGUUUGUAGACUUUGAGAAAGCAUACAACUCCAUACAUAGACCAACACUAUUUAAUAUAUUAAAAGAGUUCAAUAUGCCAAGAAAGUUAAUUAACCUGAUUAAAGCGACUAUGGAAAAUUCUGAAAUAAAAAUAAAAAUAGCGAGCUCUACAUCUAAAUCGUUCAAAGUAACAUCUGGUUUAAGGCAAGGGGAUGCAUUAUCUCCAAUCCUUUUUAACCUAGUUUUCGAAAAGGUGGUCAGAGAUAUGAAUAUAUCGGAAGGUAUAACCUUAGGACUGUCAAAGAUAGGCCUGCUAGCAUAUGCCGACGAUAUUGCCAUCAUAGGAGACAAUAUUGAAAUAGUUAAAAUACAUUGUAAGAAGCUAAUGGAUGCUGCGAGUAAAGUCGGCCUCAGAAUAAAGGAUGGUAAGACGGAAUAUGUGAAACUCAACGGAAGAGACAGGACGUAUCGACACAGAGAUAGUAUGAAUGUAGAUGGACAUAUAUUCCACAGGGUUCCACAAUUUAAAUUUAGGUGUCCUCUUAACUCAGGACAAUGAGUUAAGAGUAGAAAUUUCAAAAAGGAUACAACUGGCCAACAACUGUUUUUUUGGUUUGGGAACCCUGCUAAAAUCUAGAUUAAUAUCUCUAAAUUUAAAAAUAAAAAUAUAUAUGACAUUAAUACGCCCUGUCAUCCUAUAUGGGUCAGAAACAUGGGCUUCAAGAAAAAUAGAGGAAAUAAGAUUGGACACCUUUGAAAGAAAAGUUGUAAGACGAAUUUAUGGACCUUGUCUCGACACAGGAACCAAAGAAUGGAGAAUCCGAACCAAUGAGGAAAUAUAUAACUUGUUCCAAAGAUCAAGUAUUUCAAGGGAAAUCGCAAAAAGAAGACUGAUGUGGGCAGGUCACGCUUGGAGGAAAAAAGACGCUAUGAUAAACAUAGUAAUUAAAGAGGAUUCGAAAGGAAAAAGACCACUAGGCAGACCACGCCUCAGAUGGGAAGAUUGUGUGAAGAGAGAAGUAAAAGAAGUAGACCUAAGAGCAAACUGGAGAGAAAUAGCUGAAAACAGAAUAAGGUGGAGGGAAAUUUGUUUUACGGGAUGGUCUUAA